ACCAGACAUUGUAAAAAGUUUUUCCUUUUUACAAACAAAAAAAAAUUAACUAAAAACAAACUCUGCCUUAACAACGCAACUACUAUAUACAAUGGAAUACUCUCUAAAUAAGUGUUGAAAAAGAAUUUAGUUAAAAGAGAGUGAAACCCAGAAAACUAUAAUCUGCCUUAAAGAAAAAUCUUCAUCAAAAACAACAACAAAAAGCAGAGGAAAAAAGUGUUGUUAUUAAAAUCAAAGAGAGUUAAAAAAAGAAAUCAACUAGAACGUCCUUUAAAAAGAGCUUGCCAAAGUCAAACAAUCAAAAUUCUCCCGUCUAAAGUCAAACUUCUUCAUCAUCACACACCACAAAACCACCUGAUAAGAUCUGGUCUGAUCUAGGGUUUAAAGCAUCAACACAACCACAACAAAUCAACGUAGGCUUCCAUGCUUAAAAAAAAUCACCACAAAAGAAAUCUUAAAAUACUAACAAAGUGAAGCUGUUAGAAACUUCCCCAUAAAUAUCUACAUAAUUGUGAAAAAUUUUAUAGAAAAAAACAACAUUGUGUCAAACACAGCAACAAAAAAAUUGCAAUUAUAGAAAAAAACGGAACAAAACUGCAAUCAAACACUUUAAAAAAAAGACGAAAUCUAAUUUAUUAUUUAGAAGAUCAGUUAAGAGAAAAAAACUUCCACAGAAAGAGAGAAAGAUAAAAUUUCCAAUAAAUCUUCCUUUAAUUUUGUCAAAAUUAUUUAAUUUUUUUAUAAAAUUAAGCAAAAACACAACAACAACAGAGUUAAACUCUAUUAUUGUUUUCUAAACGUCCCAGUUGCAACUAUAUAAUCAAAGCAUUAAAUUACAACUAAAUUGUAAUAAAUUUAAUAAAUUAUUUACACUGCUGAAAAAAGAAAAUACUUUGAAACUCUAACGCCGCGUGUCUGACCUCUCUAACUGCAGUUACGCUGAGAGGCGUUAUGACAAAUUCGAUUGCGUCUGCAAAAUGCCCGUCUAUCCUAACGUCCGGCAAAUAUGGUAUGUCACAGCGUCACAGCAUUAUCGAUGAUUCCAAAGAGUAUAUUUUUGUUAAAUUUACUGAUUCGGCAUUUCGUGCAAUUGAGGAAUAUCAGCGUAACGCUCAAUCGAAACGUUUACCAAAAGGACAAUGCGCCAAAAUACAAUUUUCUGGAAAUACUGGCGUUAUACAAUUUCCACCCACAGCUGAUGCUUCAACGACCAACGGAUCAGCCGAUGGACGUAAGUUCGGUUUUGCCAUCGAUGAUGUUGAGGGCUCGCUGGAAUGUAUACAACAGUCGGGAGCCGAUUUGGAUGUAUUGGGAUCUCUUAGUUAUCGUAUGCGCAUUCAUGCCAAUGAUGAUGUCUACGAUACGACAAGAACAAAAAUGGCCAUUGCCGAGGAGACGGAGAAGAGUAAGUGUAUACGUGAGAUUAAACCUAAUCAGAAAGACAUUGGACGAAAGGUGAAAAGGCCCGUCUCGGCUGCUUCUAUACAGGCCUAUACGAAUGGUACGACAUCAAACUCGUCGUCAUCACUUUUAAAUGGUCUUAGUAAUGGUAAUAGCAGCAACAGCAUUAGUAGUAGCAUUAAUGGCAGCAGUAGUUAUUUAAGUAAUAGCAGCAACAACCACAUCAACAGCAGCAGUAGUAAUAGUAAUAGUCGUAAUAAAUUAUCAGCAUCAACGCUCAAUCAACACUCACCGCCAUCAGGUGGUGCUGGCGGUGGUGGCGGCGGCGGAGGGGUUGGAGUGGGUGUUAACGGUUCACGUUUGUUAACAAAUGCCUCCUCUCUACGCUCUUCCCCCAAUCCGUCUCUAAUAGGUGGCAGUGGUACCGUAGGCAGUGGCAAUGGCAAUAGUAGUACUAAUCGCUAUGGCAGUCCUUCAAAUCUUCCCUCUUCCAACUUACCCUCGCUGUCUACAAAUAUGACAAAUGGCAUUGGUGGUUAUUCCCCACCGGGAUCUGCCACUAACAUCAAUCAUAUGUCGUCUUCGCUGCAUCCGCAGGCCAAGAAAGCGAAUAUGGGUAACGGUGUAAACAGCAGAGGCAAUGGCUCAGCAGCCGCAGGAGGCACUGCCGCUAAAGGUUCUGUCGGCACUAAUGGCAAAGUGAAUGGACUCUCGAAUGGCAAAACUCUUGAUGUCUCAAGAAGGAAAAUCCGCGAACGUCUGAUACACUUGUUAGCUUUGAAGCCUUUCAAAAAACCCGAACUCUAUUCAAGGUUAACGAAUGAGGGUUUGGCUCAACGGGAGCGACAACUGAUCAGUACGAUACUCAAAGACAUAUCGACACUGUCGCGCGACAAUACCUACAACCUGAAACGUAGCAUGUGGAAUGAUGUUGAUGAAAAUUGGCCAUUUUUCUCGGAACAAGAGAUCCAACAAUUGAAAAGACGUAAGCCUCAGAAUCUAACACCACCUAUGAGCUCAGAUGCCGGUAGUUCAACGUCGGGUCAAAGUCCGACUUCAUCUACACAUACGGGGAGCCCGCCUCCAUUGGUGGCAACAGCCAAUAUGAAUGGAGGUGUAGGUGGUGGCGGCAUGAAACGAACUAGUCUAGAGCCAGAUUUAUAUGAUGGGGCCUUAACCUUGGGUAUGCAAUCGAAAAAACAACGUAUAAGCCAUUACAAAAAGGAUGGAACUAGCAGUAGUAGUAGUAAUGGUAGUAGUUUAAUAAAUAGCAGCAAUAUGGGCGCUGGCGCAAGAAUGGGUAUGGGAGGAGGAAGUAGUGGCGGCGGUGGUGGUGGUUCUGCAUAUAAUCAAAAUCAUCGAUCCUCAUCUGCAGCUUACUCUCCCCACAACUACAAUACAGGCAAUACAAAUAAUGGCAACGACGAGAAUUCUGGAAAUUCUGAUUUAACAUUUAAUGUGCUCAAUAAUAUGGAUGAGUUUAUACAGCAUACGGCUGUGGUGGGAGGCGAUUCGACAUUUGCCGGACGUAGUAAAACUACAGCGGCUAAUAGUAGUAAGAUAUCACCAUCAAUUAGCAGCAGUAAUAGUAAUAACAACAGUAGUUCAACGUCCUCAACGAAUGCUAAAGAAAAACGUAACUCUGGCGGAAGUAGUAGUUCAUCCAGUGGUUACGGCAGUAAUCGUGAAUCUUCGUCAACGUCAUCCACAUCAUCCACAGCGUCAUCAAACUCCUCUGCUGCCAUGCGACGUAAAAAUUCCCCAACGCCAUAUGCUAAUAAUUUUGUGCCUGAAACUAAAAUUUCUUCAAACUCCAACGGUAGCAGCAGCAAUAGUAGGUUGAACAAACAGCAACAGCAAAGACAACAACAACAACAACAGCAGUCAUCUCCUAGCUACACAAACAACAACAAUAAUAACAUUAAUAAUCAUCACCUUCAUAAAGCAAGCAACAGCAGUAAUAGUGUCAUAUCCAGCAUGAAUGAAGACUAUUCACCACCAAUAAUAAACCACAAUACAAAUACAUCAUCUAGCCGUUCACGGCACCAAUCAACCUCAUCCGGAACAACAACAACAACAAAUGGUCGUAAAGGUGAAUCUUCAUCGACGUCGUCGUCGGGUAAACAUUCAAGAUCUUCAACGCCGACUCAAAAGCAUUUUAACAAACAUCAUAGUAGUAACAGCAGUAAAAAUAAUUCCGCUACGACUAAUAUUCAGCAACAGCUGCAUAAUAAUUGUACUAAUAAUAACAAUCAUCAUAAAACACUGCAACAGCAACAGGAAGAUCAGCAAGCGCUGUACAAUGCUGCUCGAACACCGCCCCAAACUGCCUCGCAUUCUUCGCAACAAAGAGAACAACAGGAACACUCUUCGCCCACACAACAAAUUGCCGCCGCUGCCUCGACAUUUUCGUUAACCAACCACUCCACAUCAUCGGGAGACGCACCUCGCUAUGAUUUUAGCAGUUACACGCCCAUAACCAGCAUCGAACAGAGGCGCAAAUACAAGACUGAAUUUGAGAGUGACUACGAUGAGUAUCGUAAACUUUUGGCACAAAUCGAAAGUGUUGGACAUCGGUUUCGUCAAUUGGCCGAUCGUUUAAGUCGUGUACAACAGGGUUGUAUCGAUUACUAUAACAUUAAGGAACAAAUUGUUUCCGAAUACAAUCGCAUACGCCAAGAAGAGGCCAUAAAUCGCGAUAAACAGAGAUUUGAUUAUUUGCACGAAAAAUUGGCACACAUUAAACAGUUAGUUAUGGAUUAUGAUAAGAAAUUGACCAGUGGUCUGGCGGCGCCUACAACAAACACAACAUCCACUAAUCAACAACAACAGCAACAACAACCAGAGACACUAAACCAACAGCAACAAACUACAGUUACAAAUACAUCAGCUCAUCUAUCUCCAAUGCUACAAAGCAGUGGUGAGAGCAAUCAUUCACCACCGUUGGUGAUAAUGAAUCCUACAACUGUUAAUGGUGGUGGUGGUGGUAGUGCGGCUGUAAAUUCUAAGAGUUCUUCGUCAUCAUCUUCCCAUGGCAAAAAGAGUUCAAAACAUCAUCAGAAAAAUAAUCAUCAACAGCAGCAGCAACAUAUGCAACUGCAGCAACAAGAACAUUAUCAACAACACCAUGAACCUGAAACGAUACAAAUGGAUGAUGAGGACGACGAUGAUGAUGAUGAUGAUGAAGAAGAAACAUCAAUGCAAUAUCAUCAACAUAACUCCUACAAUGGUAAUGGUGGAGGUGGUGUUGUUGUUGGCAAUAAUCAUUUAAAUCACCCACAACAUGUUACAAAUCCUGCAACUUUAACACAUUCUAGUAAAAGAAAACAUCAACAACAACAACAUGAACUGCAGCAGCAACAACAACAACAACAACACUAUCAGCCAAUAACAUCAACAGAAUCACAGCAACAAAAUCACAAUCAUAAUAAUAAUAAUAAUGAUUCCGAUUCAGAUAGUGAUUCAAGCUCAUCAUCUUCAUCCAACGAUGAUGACAACUCAGAUGAUGAUAAUUCGGAUGCCUCUGAAGAUGAUGAUGAUGAUAACUCCGAUGAUGAUGAUGAUUCCAACGAUGAUGAUAAUGAUAACCAAUGAUCAAGACCAUAGCAAUGUACCCCUUGUUUUACUGAUGAUGACGACCAAACGCAAACAAACAAACCACUCUUAUUAUUAUUAUUGUUCUUCAACACUACUACUACUACUUCUUUGGUUUAUAUGUGUAAAAUAAUUAUUAUUAUUUUUUUAAAUUUUUAAAAUAAUAUUAAAUGCAAAAUAAACAAAAUCGAAAUGUAUAAACUAAUUAAAAAAAAUGAGCAUUAUGAAUAUGAAAAAAAAUUUUGUAGCAAAUCAAAUUUUUUAAAUUGUUAUUUUAAUUUUAGAUUGAUGAUUACAACUUUUUGGGAUAAACGCUUGUAAUGAAAUGAAAAAGAAAAAUGUUAUUCCUUCAUUGUUUUGUUUUUUUUUUUCUUAAACUUAAUUUGGAAAUUUUUCAAUUUUAAAAAAGUUAUUUCAUUUGGUACAGAAGCAUUGCUUCAUUACGUUUUACUAUUAUUGAAAUUGAAAAGAUUUUUCUUUACAUGACCUUUUGAACUUUGUUUGGAAUAUUUAUACGUUAACGAUUCGAGGUAAAAACAUUUUGAAAUGUAUUCAAACAAAUAAGAGAACAUGUAUUGUUAAACUUUUUUGGUUUUUUUUUUUUUAAAUAAACGUUUCACGUUGCAAUUAGUAUUGAGAUAUAUACCUGUAUCGCUAAUAGAAGUGAAAUUUUCAUUAAUUUCUUAGGCAAAAUAACUAUCAUGAACUUGUUGUCAACAAUUCAUUUAAAAUAAAUGAUGAAGAAAAAAAUGAAAAUUUUAAAAGAAAACAUAUUUUACAUGAAAAUUUGUUUGGCGAUAGGUAUGUUUAAGUUUUGCAGUAUUAAAAUUAAUCUAUGUGGGUUUUUCUUUCCAAAAAUUUGGGGCCUGUUCUUCCUCUAAAUGAAAACGAACAAGUAUUUUCUAGUUUUAUAUUGAAAACAACAAAUACAUUCGAAAAAUUGUUAUUGUUUUCAAUAUGACAAAGAAAUGUUCCUUGGCAUUUAGAGGAUGAGACAGUUAAUUCAAAUUGGAUCUUUUAAGUUAAUUAUGUAAAAAAGUUUAAUGGAAUUUUUCUAAAUUAAAUAAAAGUCUAUUGGAAAUUUUACAAGUGUUUGUAAAAUUUGUUAGAAUACUAUUUUUUUAAAGAGAACUUUUGCAAAGUUACACAUUAAAUGUUGUCUGGGAAACUUGUGUUUUUGGAAUAAGAAAACAAAUUUUCUUGAAAACCUUUUUAUUAUAUAAUUAUAAACGUUAAACAAAUUAUUUCAUUAAAAUUCUUUCUUUCGAAAAGACUAACAACUUAAUGUAAUAAAUAUUGCAAAAAUUCUCAUUUUUAAAUCAAAAUGUUGUACUAUUUCCCUAAUUAAUCCCAAUUUCCCUUCCCGCUCAUUUUUUUAAUUGGUUUAUAUAUUUCUAAAAAAAUAUAUAAAUAUAUAAAUUAAAAAAAAGCAAAAACAAAAAACCACAAAACAAAAAAACCUUAAGCAAAAAACAAUUCAAAAACUAAAUACAUAAAAUAAAAAAACAAAAUAUGUUGAAAUUAUUUGUAAGCAUAAGUGAACUUUGCAAGCAAAAAAAAAAUCCUCAAAAAAAUUAUAAGAAAAUAAAAAACAAGAAUUUUUUAUAUACUAUAUAAUAAAUUUAUAUUUAAUUAUUAAAUAUUAAUAUUAAAAGAAAAAGAAAAAAAAUAUUAAAGAAAAGCUCCAAAAAAAUAAAACAACAACAACAAAACACUAAAGUGUAAAACGCAAAAGUUUGUAACCAACCACACAUAAAAAAUAUAUAUUUUUUUUUAAUAAUUGUGUAAUAAUUAGCCAUGUAAGCCUUUUAUCAUUUAUUAUUUUUAAGUUAAAA